UAUCGGCAGGAACGGAUACAAUUAGUACUGUUCUUAUAUGGGCAAUAUGUUUGAUAUUGAAAAAUCCUCCUAUAUUAGAAAAAAUUAUGGCAGAACUUGACAUUCAAGUUGGAAAAAAGAGAUGCAUAUGUGAGUCUGAUUUAAAUAAGUUAACAUACUUUCAAGCCACAGUCAAAGAAACUUUAAGAUUGUAUCCUCCUGCUCCUCUCUCAACACCUCGUGAAAUCACAGAAGAUUGCACUAUAAGUGGUUUCAAUGUUAAAAAGGGAACUCGUCUGAUUACAAAUCUUUGGAAAAUCAACACGGAUCUUAAUGUUUGGUCAGAUCCAUUAGAGUUCAAACCAGAACGGUUUCUUACUACUUAUAAAGAUAUUGAUAUGAAGGGUCAACAUUUUGAGCUAUUACCAUUCGGAAGUGGUAGGAGAAUUUGUCCUGGAAUAACCUUUGGCCUUCAAAUUGUUCAUUUCAGUCUUGCGAUUCUUUUGCAUUCCUUUGAGAUCUUAGAAUCACCAACCGAACCUAUUGAUAUGACUGAAACCCUUGGAAUAACCUACAAUAAAGCCACUCCACUUAAGAUUCUUAUUAAACCACGACUGUCUCCUAAUUGAUAAUUAGGAGAGCUUGUGAUCUUUAUGUGUUAAAUAAUGGUAUGAACUUGGUGCAUGUAUUUUGGUUGUUAAACUAUAUGUAAUUUAUUUUGGUUAAACCUGCAGCUUUGUGUUGUAAAAUAUUUCAAAACUAUGUAUUAUGUUUCUUUCAUUUUAAUUCACAUGAAAUAAAAGGUUGGUUUUAAGUA